AGGGAGCGUAGCUGCCGAGUUUGUUUUGCGAAAGAAAGCAUAUCCCAACCGCCUCCUCCACUCGUAUUCUGCAGACUUUUUUCCUCAUGAUCAACAACAAGAACGAUGCUGCUCCACGGCAGUAGUACUCGCGGCGCGCGAGGCCAUCCACAAAAUCGUUCACGAGGAAGAGGUCGCGGGUCAACGAGUCGAGGAGCUUCAAGCUCCAGUAAGUCCACAAGACAUGCUUCCCACCAUGAUUCCCCCAUUCAACGGCGCCCGCGUAAUGCGCGCCCAGCUCCCAAUUUCAAAUCCAAUUCACUUUUAGUUGCAUCACUUAGGAACAACUUUCGUUUUAGAAACAAUUACUCAAGCAACCAUCAUAUAGACACAUCGCCCACCACCGACUCCACCGACCAAAACCCCUUCGAGAACGAGCGACGAGAGAACGCUGCGAGACGCGCACUGAGAGGGCAGAGCUCAUCAGCACAGAACGGACGAGGAGGAAGUCUACGAGGGCGCGACGGGAAAGCCCAGGUCAACAACACUAAGCAGGUCCGAUUUGCGGAUCCUCCCACCGACAAGAAAAUGAAUCCCUUUGCCAGCGCACCAGUGGCAGCUCCAAGAAAUCCCUUCGACACCGCGAAGAAACCAGUCGCCUCCCCCUUUGGUUCUGCUGCGGCUUCCGCUGUCAACCCAUUUGCUACGAAGCAGGAUGCGCCAGCCAAUACUUUUGGAGCACACAACCCAUUUGGAGCUCCUACGCAAGCUACCAUGACCCCCAACACAAGUGUAUUCGGCGCACCUUCGACUACUCCUAACAGCACUCCUCCUAAUAAUCCUUUUGGCGCGCCAUCGUCGAUAUCAUCACCCGCUGCGAAUGUAUUUGGAAAGCCAAUGGGCACGUCUUCUGCCGGGACUACAGCAUCAAAUCCAUUUGGGAAGCCUAGCUCCACCCUAUUUGGGAGCCCUUCUACGAAACCAGCCAACAACCCCUUCGAGAAACCAGCUGGAGGCGUAUUUGGGGCAGCUCCAGUAACUUCCUCGACAUUUGGCGCUAAGAGCAAUGGAUUUCCAAGUACAGACUCCAAACCGACCCAAAAUCCACCUUUCAAUUCCUUUGGAGCACCUACAGCAUCUCCUUCUAUUCCAGCUCCAUCUCAAAAUGUUACGUCGGCGGGAUUUGGAACCCGCUUUGCGUCCCCGUACACACCCAAGAAUGCUUUCAAUAAGCCAGUCACAAAUGGCCAGACUUCAAAAGCCCUCUUCUCAAAUCCUCCAGCUCAGGCGACACCUUCGGCCAGCACGAACAUCGAUAGCAGUGCUUUGGCGAAGGAAAUAUAUCAAACCAUCAGAAAAGACCGUAUAACGGCGCCGAAGUGGCCUACACCUAGCCCUGGGGAUCCGAAAUUCAAACCAGCGAUUGAGACAUAUUGGAAAGCUUCAAAAUCAUACAGAAGCGAAGUUCGCGUAAGUUUAAUUAAGGCUGGCUUACUCGAUGAUCCCGAUAAACCCAAGAAACUGAGCGAAGCAAUUGACUUUAAAGGAAUAUGCGAAGAGAUGUGCCCAGAUUUCGAAAAAGCGACCCGAAUUUACGAACGCGACUACAAGUCAGCCGAGACGGAAAUUGGGCCAGAUGGAUCAUCAGUCGUUGCACCUUAUAAGAUGGUGAAGGCACUGGCAAGAUCAGCUGCCGGGCAGGACGCGCCUUUACCGAUGGACGUGAGAUCCCCUGGAGCACUGAGAAGAACCCUGGAUUACCUCUUGAAUUCUGUUCUGGGUGAUGAUGAAAAUAACCUUCCAAAUGUCCAUCACUUUCUCUGGGAUCGCACUCGGGCGAUCCGUCGGGAUUUUGUUUUUCAAUCGUCGAUGGAUUCUGCCGAAAUGCUUGAUCAAGUAUAUUGCCUGGAACGUAUCGCCCGAUUUCAUGUCAUAUCACUGCAUCGAAUGUCGAAAGAUGGGGUGUCUCCAGCGGAGGAAUUUUCGGAGCAGCAAGAGGUGGAACAAUUGUCAAAAGCUCUACUUUCUCUGAUACACUCUUACGAUGACUGCAAGGCCCAGAAUAUUACUUGUGAGAAUGAGAGCGAAUUUAGAGCUUACUAUGCUCUUUUCAACUGUAGGCAUCCAGGGAUGUUACAAACUGUGCAGGAUUGGGGCUUCAAAUUAUUCAGGGAAUCGGACGAGAUACAGACCGCCCUAAGCCUGAUUGAAGCAAUACAAAAUAUUUGGGAUGCACGCGGCCCUCUUACUCCUCAAACGCCUACCGACAUCGCGCAAAACUUCUACGCCAAGUUCUUCACCAUUCUUGAGGACAAGCAAGUUUCUUACACCAUGGCCUGUUUUGCAGAAAUUCAUUUCAACUCUGUCCGAAAAUCUAUACUGAAAACGAUACUCGCUUCAUAUCGUAAGCAGCGAGAUCAGACCAAAGAUUGGACAUUGGCAAAACUGAAUGCUUUUCUUAGGUUUGAUGAGGAGGAUGACAUUAUAGUUUUUGGUGAGGCAUAUGGUCUGAGGUUUGAUCACGUUGAUGGAGAGGAUGUCUUGUCUUUUGAGUCAGACGAAGGAAUAAAGGAUCCUUUCCCGCCUUUGAAGCAGGCCCACUCAUAUAAGCUUGUUGAGCAUAAGCGUGGUAAUUACUCCUUACCAGAAGCUAUCAACAAUAAUGUUUUUGAUGAAACUCUGGAAGAGCAAGCUACUCAAGAAGAAGAGGAAAGUUUGUUCGUAAGUAACGACAAGACUGAAACCACGGCACCAAUGCUCCCCCCGAUUGCAGACACCCCAAUUAUUGGAAAGCAACCUCCAAGCUUUUCUUCAAGUCCUCCAACCGAUCCCCCAAAGGUGGAUAUUGCUACUCCUUCAACCUCGAUCCUGAACGGAAUCCCGUCACAAAAGCCAUUCAAUGGUUUUUUCCCACCAAAACCCCCAGUUUCGCCAGCUGGAACCGUGCCAGAAGUGCCACAGACUGUCGUUUCCAAACCCUCAGCACUAUAUUCCAAUCCGUUGGACAAAGUACAGAGUCCCAACGUAAAUGGCCGAACAGAAUUAACACCAUCCGUAUCGACUCUCACGAUCAAGUCCGGCAAUGAAUCCCAUAAAUCAGCUACCACGGCCAACAUCUCCUCCUCAUUCACCUUUCCGUCAACAGCAACUGACACGCCUUCGACGGGGACUAACUCUACUCCUCCAGUCUUCGGUUCGAAUCUCCCCAGCGCUCAACUAGGCUCAAGCCCAAAGGCACCUAUAUUAUUCGGGGUCCCUCCAGCGUCUACUAUCCCCCCAGUCUCGAAACCUGCAAUCAAUUCGUCUCAAAUUGAAGGACAAAGAUCGUUUUCUGCACCAAACCAGACUAACAAAGAUUUGUUCCCGAAAGUUCCAGCGCCUGCUCCACUACCAGCUCAGGUACCAGCAUCAGGGGCCCCUUAUGGAUCAUUCCAGCCAAAUGUGCCCAGCAUACCAAAUCUCACUACGAAUCCCAGCCUUGGAACCCUCCAAGCCACUCCUAAUUCCUCAAGCGAAAUCAAAAAGCGUCAUAAAUAUGACCGUGAAGCACAACUUACUGGUCUAACAAACUGGAUGGUCCUUGGAGAGCAUGGACUUGUUGAUCAGUUCUUGUCGUUCACGGUCGAGAAUCUGUUGAAGGGGACUGUCGAGGUAUACCUCAAAGAAGAAGCUCAGCGACAGUCACUUGAGCAGGAAAAAUCGGACAGAAUAGAAGCGGACGCUUUCAGAUAUCGAUCGCUCGCUACCAGGUACUUCAAUCGGUGGCGAAAUGGUGCUCAGAAUCUGCGCAUGAAACGUAGAGGUAGGGAAGCUCGUCAAGCUCGGCGGGCGAUGGCCGAAAAUUUACGCGCAUCAAAAACAUUACAAUCGACGAAUAUCGUCCAAGAUUUCAGGGCUUCGGCUAGAUCUCAUCGGCGAGAAAGCCUGGAGAGCCUUUUGGGUGCUACUGGUGUUUUGGAUGGCGUUCACGAUCAAAACAAACAGCUCCAGGCAAUUGUGCGGAAAGAGGUAAAAGUAAAUGGCACAAAGCGACAUCGGUCAAAUAAAGCCGCGAGACCCAGCUCAAGCUCAAGUCACCAUAAACGAGGGGGAUCAGACAAUCCACUACGACGUUCUAUCCUAUCUGACCCUACCUAUUUGACCGGUGGAUCUAGGAUACAUUUGAUGGACAAAUACGACAUAAAGGAUGAGACCAGACGACAAGUCAGUGGUGUACAGACCGACUACUUCCGAUUGAAGGCAAGAGGGAUUGCGACGCUUAGUGAUGGUACACCACUGGCGACAUCAGUGGCCCACAACAUGCUUCACCAGAAGCGAUCAUAUGAUGGGCCUCUCAACCAGGUGACAACACCGCCACGUUCAAGGGUAUCAUCAAUUGCACGGAGUGUCCCAUCCAAGAUAGCAAUGGACCAGGAUUUUAGGCUGAGCAUUGAUGGGAAUGAAGACAUACAAGCCUUGAAGAGGAGGGCUCAGGCUGUAAUGCAGAACGACGAGAGAUCCCAACUAAAGAGGUCUCUCCACGAUGAUGAUGAUGAUGCUCUUUUCGAGCGGGCAAGAAGAGUUCGAGAACAGAUGAACGAAGGAAUGAAGUGGUAUCGAGAAGAGAGGGAGAAGGAAUCGGGAAGCAGAAGUGUAUCUUAGUACUUGGAAGUUGCAUAUGCAUUCUGUUUGGCGUUUGUUUGGCAGAGCAGGGCGGAAUGAAAAUUCAUGCGUCGAAGUGAGAAGGUGGAGAUAACCCUCCUCGCCAGCGGUUAUUUCAAUUUUUCAAUUUUUCAUCUUUCUUUUGAGAUACAAGGCGUUCUCGGCAAGGGAGGUGGGAGUUUGUUUGCUUUGUUUUGUUUGUUUGUAUAUACGUUGUACGUCCUGAUGCCGGGCUUGGGCUAGACGUGUAUGUACUCUAGCGUAGCCGAGCGCAUGAGCGAGUGGGGAUUUAAGUGAUGAACGUUAAGGAAUCAGGAUGGAUACUGAGACUGGAAUGGCGGAUGGAAAACGAAAUUCGAAUCUUUCAAACCUUAUCGAUCCCGUCGUUGCUGGAUGGCUUUUGUGAGAAUCAGGUCUGGAUCCUCACUAAGAGCCCUAGUUCGUCCCGAUGUGAUGGGAUGGAUCAACUACUGUCAAUUCGGUUACGUGAUCCGAGUACAAUCAUGGAGUUCGCACCACGCCAGCCCAGCCACUCGGAGAAGACCGUGUGGGUUGUGGUGUGUGUCAGAUCUGUCCGGAUACACACAUCCGGGAAUACCUCAGAAAGUCGGUGAAGGAAUCUGGGAAGGAUUCGAGGUGUGCGAAUUAAAGAGUGAACUUGAUUGAAUUGGAUUGGAUUGAAUUUGAUUGAAGACGGGAUACGGAGGUACACGAAAAAAAGAAAGACGUUACAUCAGAUCGCCAUGGCAUCUCUUGGCUCAUAGACAAGCUUUUCUACCAAGACGGGAGCGGACCCUGCCAAGGGAAUCUGAUGAGAUGGAGGUGGAUCUAUCCAGUUAUAUGCGUGGGAUUUGGGUAUGCCAAGGGACCAAGGGAUGGGGGAAAGCUUGGUUGUGUUUGUGUUUGUGGGGGAUAUGGGAUGAAAUGGAGGGUUCUCGGGUGUCACUGGAUGGAAGUAGGAUAGGUUAGGCUAGGUAGGCGAUGAUAGAAUAGAUUGAACGAUUGUUUAUUCAUUCGAUUGUUAGAUUGUAGAAUAGCUACAUCCCCUCGUAUCCAUCAAUAUCUCCAUCAAGCACCACCUAGUAAUCAAGUGCAGCAAAUUACAACUCAUGGAUUCCUCCCAUCGAUGAGAACACCCAUUCUAUCCCCCUCCAUCCCAUUUACCGUAUCCGUUUGCUAUCAUGGGAUCGAAGUGAUUGACGGAGUGUUUUUCGUCUGGAGGAAUUUGAGUCCGAGGAAGGCCAGGGGUUUAGCAGCAUGAUUCUUCGCAGCCGCAGCAGCAGCAGUCGCAGCCUGCUUCUUCACCUCCGCGCAUGGAGACUUCGCUGGUCAUUCCUGGGGUGGCGAUCUGAGGGUAUUAGAUGGUUUGUUUACUUGUUUUGUUUGUUUGUUGAAGGUUUGAUGAGAUGGAUGGAUAGGAAGGGGAACUUACUGGUUGGGCCGUCUCAAUGGUGGGAGUUUCGAUCGUCAUUUGUUCGGUGACUUGGGUGGGUUGCUCGUUGAUGGAUGGCAUGGUGAGGGAUUUUAGUUAUAGACUGUGAUAGCGAGAUCGUUAGGAUUUGUGUGCUUUUGUUGUUGUUAGAUGAGGGGUAUACCUUUGAUAUCUGGAAGUUUGUAAAUACUUGAUGAAAGUUUGGAGAUUUGGAUGUUGGUGCUUCUGGGUUUUGUGGGGGAGGAAGGGAUGUGAGUAAGUAAGUAGGUAAGCAAGGAGUAAUCAGGUGAGUAAGUAAGUGAGUGGCUUGCAU